GAGAAAAUGAGGUGAGUGUUGACUGUACAGUUAAGACAAAUGUUUGUAUUACAUACAUUAUAAUUUGUUUCAAUGAGAUAAGGCAUGAUUGUUUAUCUGAAUCAUUUUAGAUAUACUCUUUCAUCUGGUCAAUUCAUACUUGUCUGCUCGGUCAUCUUCUUGGUUUUGAAAUUUAUCGACUGUCAUGAAAUUUGCACAAAAUUUGAAUUUGAGGAUUAUAAAAAGGUGAUUUUUGAGAAUAAUUCUCAUGAAUAUUCUCAUCAUUAUUACUACUCCCGAGUAAUACGCUUUAAUCAGCCUCCUCCAGUUAUAAGUGACAAUUUCGAGAAGUUAGAUAUUUCUCGGAAUGUUGUUCCAGAGUUCGUGAUUAAAUUUUACGGUAAUGACAUUACAUCACUCUCCAUAAACAGACAAGGUUUGAUAACAAUCAAAAAAGGAAGAUUCGACGGCAACAUUUUCAAUAUAUUGAUAGGCGACACUCAGAAAAACUUUCAGAUUUCAAAUGGAAAUCUUACAUUCAAGGUAACCACUAUGAUAAAUUCAAAUGGGAAGAUAUCUUUCUAUUAUGAAAACGUUACUAAAGCAAUUAGAAUAAAAGACGUAGGAUCGGGCUUUAGCAGUGAAAUUCAGUGUGGAAAAGCAGGAGGUAAGUAAAGUUAUUUAUAUUUUAAUUUACACUGGCCUACAUGAACAGUCAUCUGUUAGCCUUGACUUCCUUUCUAUUUAUACUCAAUAAUCUUUGUGUCAACACAGAAAUUUGCCUUAAUCUAUCUUAGUGAUCUAAUACACCUUUCUUACGGUCCACAUAAUUCAGUAGUUUCCUGUGAAAACAGAUUGGUUGAAAUGUCAUUAAAGUGUUAAUGAAAAACGUGUGAAGUAAAAUCUGAAUGCUUCUGGUAAACUCAUUGUCCAAACAUUACUUUUUUUUGAAAAUUCAACGUGGAUGAUGUGCUUACACAUCUUGAAGCUAAGUUUUAGUAUCGUAUAUGAUAAUAAAUGAAGGUGCAAACUAGUGCUGAAAACACCACGUUCUUUGAUCAAGUGUUUUUUACAGUGAACUACUGAAUUCUUCUGAACCGUAAUCAAGUAUCUGUGUCUUCAUUCGAACAACCGUCAUCCAUGUUGGUGUCACAAAAGCGAUUCUGUAUCAUAUGCUGAAUUCCGUAAACAAUGAAUUUCACGAUCCACGUCUGCUGACGCAAGCCUAACCUGGUAUACUGAGUAAUAUAACUAUGUUGUGUGAAUAUCUUCAUCAUGGAUAUUCAGAAACAUCGGUUCCAUUUUUUAAUAGCCGCUCGUUAACCAAAAUCUGAGUUGUUUUCCUCUGUAAAAUGAAUUUCAGAAGAUGAGAAAAAUCCUGAAAUUCGUGUUCACAGAAAAUGGAUCCGAAGUGGAACGUUAGUGGAGUUUGAAGCUCUCGGGGGUAUGUUAAACCUUAUUGUAUCACAAAUGACUAUUUCCAAAGUUCAAUGCUCAAGUUUGUUUCAAGAAAUUGAAAACUUUAUGUGCGAUUUCGGUAAAUAAUUAAGUGAAAUUUGGCUACCAGUAUCAAAUGACGUUAUUUUAUACGUGGAUUCUCUGUUGGUUAUUUAAAAUGAUGAAGGACGGAUGUCCUUCACGUCCUCACGUGGAUAAAAUUCACUAAAGCGUACAUGAUGUUACAGUACAUACUUGUACAGUAUCAAAAAUACUGAAGAUUUUCAUGUUAGGUAUCUGUUUUCAUUUCUCAUUGAUAUGCAUGAUGAGUAUUCGCAAAUACCAUUAUGUUCGUCAUGUGUUGGAGUAUUGAAAUAACAUCACUGCGACUGAGAAAUUCAUUUCAUAAUCUAAUGUUUGGAUUGACUACAAUAUUCGUUGAAUAAAUAUCGAUGAAUGUUCAUGAUUCAACUAGUGUGACGCGCUA